UAAACGCGCGCGCACUUUCACUAUUGCAAUCCACAGAACUCUCAUCCGGAUGCGAUGACCUCCGCGACAAAUAUCAAACCGCGCCCAAACGAGCAUAUACUCGCCCUUCCCAAUGGCAGGCAGCUGGAGUACGCGGAUGGAGGUGACAUAUCCUCUGGCGUCGUUUUCCUCUUCUUCAGCGGGCUGUUCAGCGUCGGCAUGGUGGCAGAACUUCCUUACGCAGUCACCAGGCUAGGUGCGCACUAUAUCUCGCCCUCGCCGACGGGCAUGGGCAGGACGUCUCCUCGACCUCUAUCAACGCCCUAUCAUCUGAAUCUCAUUGCCGACAUCCGUGCUCUGCUCGACCACACGCACCCGGAGGGAAUCAAAGCCCUAUAUCUUGGCGGCGGUAGUUACGGCACUGCGAUGGCCCAGAUGUUGCAUGGCGCACCGUAUGACCAAUUUCCACAGGGCCGAGCGAUCAAGGCUACCCUACUCAUGGCCGGCUUCUCGCCUUUCAGAUACCACACCGACUAUGCCCAGUGUCUCAGCUGGCCCAACUACAUCUCUGUCGGCCCCCCGUCGACCCUGCCCUUCCGCUUCAUGCAGAGGCUCUUCUCGAGCGUCAUCGCGCCCAAGCUGCGCACUGUCGAGGGCUCGCGCGUCUUCCUCUCUCAGACCAUUUUUGACAAGAUGAACUCGGACGAGCGCGCCGUGAUGGACUCGUGGCUGCACACUCGCAGCAAAACGUACCAUGAGUUUAUUACCACCAUGGCUGAGAACAAUGUGCGCUCCGUCGCGAACACAUGGGAAGGCUUCAUGGAGGUCAGCGAGGUACUGCAUUCUGAUUGGGGUUUCGACCCACGCACCCUUGACGAUGCCCACGCCAAACCCAUCCUUGUUGUCAGCGGCGCGGCUGAUGAUAUGGGCGGCGCCACAAACCAAUGGAUUACAGACAGCUAUCCCAACGCAAUCCUCCGCACAGUUCCUGGGGGCCACAUUGCCGGGCUGUUCUACAUGGACGAACUGUGGGACCAGCUGGUUACUCUGGGCGACACGAGCGUGGCCAUCCGAUCGGAGUAGUCUGUAGUAGUCUAUAAGCGGAAACACAAGUAGACACGGGAAAUACCGGGAGACAAACGUAAAGAUGCAUGGUUGGGCGCAUAGCGUCUGGGUUCAGCGA